CAUCUCUCCACCUUCUCAGAAGGUACCUUCCUCUUCCUGUUUCAUACGCAACCAUUUCCAUCUUCCCUUCCUCUUUCUUCUUCUCCCUCUUUAUAUCUGAUCACCCCUUCUCUUCCUUUCUUUUCAUUUUCUCUUUCUCAAUUGAUGGCUUCUUCCACCGGCAGCUUGGAGACGUCGGCGAACUCACCUUUCUCCUUCAUGACCACCUCCUUCUCCGAUCUCCUCACCGCCGCCGACGACAACCCCGCCUUCUCUGCCAGCAGGGGGGUCCCUAAAUUCAAGUCGAUUCCGCCGCCGUCUCUGCCCAUCUCCCCGCCGUCGAUCUCUCCGUCGUCUUAUAUCGCUAUUCCUGCCGGCUUGAGCCCCGCCGAGCUCUUGGACUCCCCUGUUCUUCUCUCCACUUCCAACAUUCUGCCGUCCCCAACUACUGGAACAUUUCCAGGUUUCAAUUGGAAAACCUACAACUCCGACACCACUAGCCAGCAGGGUGUGAAGCAAGAACACAAGAACUACUCGGAUUUCUCUUUCCAAGCUCAAUCGAAGCCGCCCCCAGCAUCAACUACGGACUUCCAAUCUUCAGCGUCCAGGGUCAUCACGGAACAAGCCUCAAGAUCAGAACAGCAGCAAGCGUGGAGCUUCCAAGAGUCUCCCAAUUAUGAAAAGAACAUGGUGAAACCCGAGUUCGCAUCGUCACAACCGGAUUACAAAAGUAGCUAUCAGCACCAGCCAUCUCAGUUUGUGAAGGAACAGAGAAGGUCAGAGGACGGGUACAAUUGGAGGAAGUAUGGGCAGAAGCAAGUGAAGGGAAGCGAGAAUCCGAGGAGCUACUACAAGUGCACGUUCCCCAAUUGCCCAACUAAGAAGAAAGUGGAGAGGUCUAUCGAUGGGCAGAUCACUGAGAUUGUUUACAAGGGUAGCCAUAACCAUCCCAAACCUCAGUCUACCAGAAGAUCAUCAUCAUCAUCUUCAUCCGCUUUUUCUCAUCAACCAGCUCAGUUCUCUAAUCUCUCCGCUUCUGAAAUACCAGAUCAAUCACUCACUGCACAAAUGGAAAAUUCCGUCGCGACUCCGGAGAAUUCCUCCAUCUCCAUAGGAGACGACGAUUUUGAUCGCAGUUCUCAGAAGAGCAAGUCCGGAGGAGGAGACGACGUCGAUGAUGAAGAACCCGAGGCCAAAAGAUGGAAAAAAGAGAGCGAGAAUGAAUGUAUCUCUGCACUUCCAGGGAGCAGGACAGUGAGAGAACCCAGAGUCGUCGUUCAAACAACGAGCGAUAUUGAUAUUCUCGACGAUGGCUAUCGGUGGAGGAAAUAUGGGCAGAAAGUGGUGAAGGGAAACCCAAAUCCAAGGAGCUACUACAAGUGCACGCACCCAGGGUGCCCGGUGAGGAAGCACGUGGAGCGGGCGUCCCACGAUCUCCGGGCGGUGAUCACCACGUACGAGGGGAAGCACACCCACGACGUCCCGGCGGCGCGCGGUAGCGGCGGCCACUCCAUCAGCCGUCCUCUGCCCGACGCUGCUGCGGCCGCCGCCAAAAUCACUGCCCCACACGCCGCAAUAAGGCCGCAGACCAGCAUCGCGAGCGCUGCGAACCCUUUCCGCGGAAGCGACCUGAGGGUGCCGGCGCCGGAGGUGCAAGCACCCUUUACCCUGGAAAUGCUGCCGGGAUCUUCACCGGGAAGUUUCGGAUUCUCGGGAUUUGGGAAUCCCGGGGGAAUGGGAGCUUACAUGAAUCAAUUCCCGCAGCAGAGUGACAGCAGUGUGUUCAUUUCCAGAGCCAAGGAAGAGCCCAGGGAUGACUUGUUUCUCGAAUCUUUGUUGUGUUGAGAAGUGAGAACUUGAAAUUGGGGUUAAUUAAUUAUUAUCCUCGAAAGUUUUUGUUUCAAGAAAAAAGAAACAGAGAAAUAGUUCAAAUUCUUUUUUAUUUUUUGGAAUUCAGUUUGUUUGUAUUUUUUGUUGUAUAUUUAAUUAAUUCUACAAAAAUAUGGUUCUGUAUAUUCGAAGAUAAGUGGAAUUUAUAGCUGUUCAUUC